UCCGACGAGAGACGUGCGCGACGCGUGAUUAGGUGAGAAGGUAUAGGUGCAGGGCAGGUAGAAGGCAUAUACCCUUGUUACUCAUCGAGCAUCGGUACACGGAGUUGAAUAUCUGCGCACCUGGAUAAAGCGAGGUUCGCCAGCAGGCAGGCAGGCCGGGCCAGUCAGGCAGGCGGGCAGGCAGGCGGCCACCUUUCCUUUCCCUUCGCUUACCUGCCUGGCAUUUUCACUGUGGGACAGCGGCAGCAGCUCGAGCCGAAAUCGCGUCGCCGCGCGCACCCCACGAACGCCGGACGAAUACAUAUAUCAUAUUUUAUUUUAUCGUUUAUACUCUUUCCGCGUUUUAUUCUUUCGCUUAAAUAAACGUUGUUGUUGUAUCGUUGUUAAUUACGCGCGUUUUACCGGACAGUGGCUGGUGUUUCAUCGGUCGAAUAGUUCUUUCUAGCUGUGCGGAGAAAAUUUUCGUUCUCGAGAUCGAAUUAUAUUUUAGCCGCAUUGUAUCGGUUAUCUUAGAAACUAUAUAUAUAUAUACGCGAAUCGAUUGUUUACGAGGAAAAAAUCGGAGGAACAGUGAAGUGUACUUUAUAUCGCCUGUUGUGCGUGAAUUUACUCAAGCCGUUAUGAAAUAAUUGAAUAACCGUACCCUUCGGAUACCUGUAGACAGGUAACAAUCUCGAUUCGCCAGGCGACUUUUAAUCCGACGGGCCACGGUAACAUCGAUAGGAUUUAAACGUGCGACGCAGAUUGAUACGAGUGGAGGAAUAGUGUUCGUCUAGUGAACUUUGAUAAGUGAAUAUAAAAGCCAAAAAAUAAAAUCCGAUCGAAAUAAGUGCUGUGCAUAACCUACAUUCGUAACCGCUGAGUAUUUUUUUUUCACACCUGCCUUGCCUCUGUGCUCAGAGCGAUACGGAGACCAUAACCUCAAAUCCGAUCGAUUUCGAAUCGAUCGUCUCCAUCCGAAAGUCCUCGCUUCCGAGUAUUUGAAAAUUAUGUCGACGUGUACCUUUGGAUCGUAAAUAUUUGGACGUAAGUUCUGUCGUUGAUCACCUUUCGAUCACCAUCCCGUUAUUUUUCCCUCCCCCCUUUUUCCACCUUUCAUUUCAUCGGUUGGAUACAUAAAAAUUUUUCCGUCACAAACACGCACCCAUGGAUUUAGAAAAUAAUUUCCAAUCGUAAUCCCAACACCCGGAAUUGGGUUUGAUAUAAUAACGGUGGGGGUGGUUCAUACCGCAGUGUUCUGAAAAUAAGAAGAAAAUAAAAAUAAGUAAAAUUGUCACCGCUGCUUAUUCGGGCUGAUAUAUUGGACCGGAAAUGCAGAUGAUGGCCGGAAGAGGGCCGACGCAUCUGGUUGCCCUUUACGUGGCUACCGCUGGGCAACAAGGAAAUGCGCUGGGUUCCGAUGAAGAGGAAGUUACCCUCUUGGUUUACGUCCUCAUUGACGCUUUACAGAAUAAGGUUAUGGGGAGACAACAGUACAUCGUACGACCGGUGUUGACGGACGUAGUCGGAGCCGCGACCACCGGCGACAGCGGAGUGCAGGCAGCCGGAAGUAGCAGAAUCGUCAGCGAAACGGCAUUGGCUCACGCGCCGGCUUUGACCGAAGCUUAUCUCAGAGAACAUGGAAUCCCACUGCGUCAGGCGAUCAUACUGUUCGAGUCGUGGUGGUCGUCGCUGACUUGUGUGGCAACCGGAAGUUCGCCCCGUUUCGUCGUGGAUGGUCAGGCGCCGUUACGACAAUGUCUGCAUCCCCAAGCCUGCAACAAGGAGGUCGAUCUCCCCCCGCACUACACCGUUUUUCACGACCUGAGGAAAGAGUUCGCCACCUGCUACUCCUCGCAGGACGACCUCGCCACCCUCAGCAUACAAGACAUGCUGCAAUACUUUGGUUUGGCGCCAGACACGGAAAAUGAUUACCAUGUGAAGGAGGUUCAGGACAUGGUGACGGUCAUACAGAGGAUGAUAAAGGAUGGUCAUACAUUUCUGAACCCUGAAGUCGUCAAUUUAGUCCUGGAACCUGGCAUAUGUUCGAAGGACGAAGAGGUAGACAAUAACUGCGUCGUAAGGGCACGAGGUUUACCUUGGCAAUCAUCGGAUCAGGACAUUGCUAAGUUCUUCCGGGGACUUAAUGUUGCCAAAGGUGGUGUUGCUCUGUGUUUGAGCGCACAGGGUAGGCGUAACGGAGAGGCAUUGGUACGUCUGGUUAGCAAAGAGCACAGAGACAUGGCGCUGAAGAGGCACAAGCAUCAUAUCGGAGCCAGAUACAUCGAAGUGUACAAAGCUUCUGGCGAAGACUUUGUUGGAGUUGCAGGAGGUGCUAGUGGUGAAGCGCAUGCCUUCCUUUCCCGCGGGGCUCAAGUCAUCGUUAGAAUGAGAGGGCUGCCUUAUGACUGCACCGCCAAACAAGUUUUGGAGUUCUUCCUGGCCGGAGAAAGUCCGUGUCUAGUAUUGGAUGGCGAAGAGGGUGUACUUUUUGUGAAAAAACCUGAUGGGCGAGCAACUGGCGAUGCAUUUGUACUUUUUGCCAAAGAAGAAGACGCCUCUAAGGCCCUUAGCAAGCACAGGGAUCUGAUCGGUAGUCGAUAUAUCGAACUCUUUAGGAGUACAACUGCUGAGGUGCAACAGGUAUUGAAUAGAUCAAUGGACCCAAAGACGUACGAGGCACCAGCGCCACUGCUCACAACAAUUCAGCAGGUUCCUCUACUCCCGCAACACAUAAUAACUUCCGGUACACGCAAAGAUUGCGUACGUCUCCGCGGACUACCCUACGAAGCUCAAGUCGAACAUAUACUAGAUUUCUUGGGGGAGCACGCUAAAAAUAUUGUACUUCAAGGAGUUCACAUGGUCUACAACGCUCAGGGUCAGCCGUCGGGCGAGGCUUUCAUUCAGAUGGACGGGGAAAGUUCGGCCUACGCUUGCGCGUCGCAACGUCAUCAUCGUUACAUGAUAUUCGGAAAGAAGCAACGUUACAUCGAAGUAUUUCAGUGCAGCGGCGAAGACAUGAAUCUGGUAUUGACAGGCGCCGUAGCACCACCGCCAGCGAAAGCUCUGCUAUCUCCCGGAGGCACUAUGAUGCCACCCCCCUAUGGACCGGGGGCAAUAUUUCCCGCCCAAGCAGCAAUGUUGCCUCGAGGACCGCCUCAAUUCGCACCCGCGUAUCCACCGAUCUUCUACUGGCCAUAUCCAUCGCCACCCGUCAGUCCUACCAGCUAUUAUAAUCCGGGAGGCGUUGGUGGUAUAGCGCCGAUUCCUCAGCAAGCUGCUCUUCUGACCUCGCCGGAAUGCCUUCAUCUGGGUCCUCCGGAGCCUAGAGUACAGGAUAUCCAUCUACCAAGACCCGAUGUGGAUAAACGUAUUCCACUUCCACCACUGCAAGCUCCACGUAGUCAGUACAUAGAAUUGUUCAUGGUUUGAUGGGGGUUGCUCCCUCGGACCUAAGGAAUAAUCAAGUCAACGCCUUGCCUCGCCCAACAGAUAAACUAUAGGUAUACAUAGGAGAGUGUAUAUCAUACGUAUACCUGUGUAAGUGAUAUAAUUACGAUAUCUAUAUUGUGUAGAUGGGAUCGAUCAUGGCUCACAUUUAGCAAGUCCCGUCAUGAUUAUGUUAUCGGAUGAAAACGUCUACAGAACUGUAUUCGUCAAAUUUUAUUAGAAAAUUGUAAUUUUACCGCAAUAAUCUACAGCUGUAUGCGUUGGUACAGAUUCAUCGGUUAAUUCCCAUAAUACACGCAUUAACAUAGAUAUAUUAAACAUGAUCGAUGAUCGAAGAAAAAUUGGUUUUUUCCUUGGAUCGUGCGCUGUACCGCAAAGACGAAAUCAAAGCUGCAAAGUUUGAUUGUACUGGAGCAAAAAGGCCACAGAUGAUCGACCUGAUAGAUGAUAUACUAUGUAUGUACCUAUAGAAUAAUUAUAUUAUAUGUACCUAUUAUAUUAUUUUAGUUACUUUUGUUAUUGUUUAUAGAGCGAAAGAAAAUUUCGGUAAAUAUUUCAAUGCACUCGUCGUUAAUUUAAAUAUAAAAAAAAAAAAAAAAAAAAAAAUUAAUAUAUUCGUUACUAUAUGCAUAUUAUAUCGAUAUUUUAGAUUGUGUUUCCAUAUGGUACACGAUGUUACGAAGAUGAAAAAUUUUAGGCUAUACCGCUCGUUGAAUAUUAAACAGAAAAUGUAUUUAUUCAUCAAGUGAACCGGUAAUUGCAUAAUUGUAUACAUAUCAUGACUAUACAAUAUGUAUGAUGCACCAUGAGAGUAUAAAACAGAGAAAAGUAUAAUGUACUUAUUAUAAUCGAGAAAGCAGCAAAUAUUACAAAAGUCUUCCAAUAAUUUCUCUUUAUAUCUAAUAUUUCAAAUUGUUAACUUAUUACGUUAAGUUGUUGAUUAUAUAUUGUUAUCUACAUAUACCAUAUAUGUACUAUUGCUACUACUACUAGUACUACUACUACUGCUAAGUGCUGGCUAAUGAAACCACAGAGUAGCGUGCAACGAACUAUUUCAUCUUACGCAAUUUUGUUUUAUUUUAUUUUAUUUUAUUCUAUCAUAUUCUAUUUUACAUUAUACACUACAAUUCUAAUAUAUACAUAUAAAUUAUAUCCUAUACAUACUAUAUGUAGGUACGCGCAACAAGACAGCGGUGUCUUAAAAGACUGUGUCGCAAGGGUUCUGAAAAGUAUAGACAAUCUUAUUUUUUACGUAUACAUAAUAUAUUUCAUUGAUACGUUUUAUGUAGCGACUAGGCCAUUCAUUUGGGAACAGUUCGGUUGCCUACAACUAUGUCGGAUUGAAUACAUACAUCGAGAUAUUUUCAUUGGCUGUGAGAGGCGGUAACCAAUUGAAGCUUCAUGAUUACGUGAGUAAAUCAUGUACUUGAUUAUCACGUGUGUCAAAUUUUUGAUCACGGUGGAAUGCUCAACAUGAAUAAUCAGAGAUUGACUCACACCGUAGACAUUUAAUUGAAUCUGUAAAAUGUGGAUAUAAUAUACUCUCUAGCUCAGAGGACGCGUAAAAUAAAUAACAGAUGUUGAUUCGCAUGAGGUUUGAACCAAUUAGUACGAACUGGCAUCUCGAACCCCCAGUCGUUAAGGAAUAUAGAAUGUGCACCGCGAGAGAGUUAUCGACAUAGCUCAUGUUUCUGUACACGUCACUUCGUCAAUUUCUAUCCAAAUAACUUUUUGUAAAUUAAAAAAAAAUUAGUUUAAAUUCUGAUACUCUGACGUAUCAUCCUUGCUAAUAAUCACAGGAAUGUGCAAUUUAAGAUUACGCUGAUCAUACAUUUUAUUUGAAUACAUACAUCGAUUUAAUCGGUUUUUAAGGCCACGUGAUCCAAUUAUAUUAUACAAUUUCAUGUAUACAUAUUAUUACAUAGCUUAUUUCUUAAGUUUGUUCAUUACAUUAUUAUUUUUAACAAUAAGUGAAAACCAUGAUCCUCUGCAUAUCGCGUGUAGAUUAGAAGUAUUAUGUUGACGGUUCUUCUGCAUUGUUUGUCAUCCUAUUUUAUUUUGAAAUGUAUUUAAAACCCAAUAGGUGCAAUAAAAAGCCUCCACGUGGGUUGUAUUUUGUGCAAUAAAAUAAUAGGCUUCGUAUAUCGCAAUAUAAUACCGCUAAAUAAGAAGAAUAAUUUAUGCUGUACUUACCUGAUCAUGAUUUCUGUAGCUUUUUUCGCUCGUCAAUGAAGCCUGCAUCGAAUUUCAAAAUUUCAUAUCGCUAAAUCCAUAAAUUUACUAGAGAUUUCGACACAUGUUAGGUUCUGCUUAUUAUUAUCAAUUUUAAUUCUUAUUCUCAUUUAGUGGAUUGCGAAGGGCAUUUCUGAGUUUAGACUUGAUUCUGAACUUUAGUUGUCGCUUCAUGCUGCCAAAAAUAUGAGCACCUAUUUAAAUAUUAUAUUUAUAUAUUUGGCAGUAAAUAUGGGUAGCUAAAUGAUAUUUCAGUUUUUGCAGUUAUAAUUCGGUACUUGAGAGAUUAUCUCUACUCAAUUCUACAUCGUCCAGUGAAACUGAAAUUAUGGCUGCAAAAGCUGGUACUAUGAUUGUCUUAUUAUAUUGCUGACAUGCCAAUAAUUUUACGAAAUUAUAAUCUAUCAAACAUGUGCAAACAUUUUAUUGCAAUUAUCAUACCAUAGUGACAGUGUUGAGGCAUGUGUAGAUAAUUUGCACGAAUGAAAAUUGAGCAAUGGUGGGUAAAGAAUUUUAGUCAGUGAUAGCAAUAAACGAACCACUGUAUUGUGCAUAACGUUACUAUUCACAAUCUACAGUUGCUGACAAUUAUAAUUUAUCACUCUCAAUUGAGGCAAAAACACGCAACUACUAUUGUGAUUAAUUGUACUAAAAUUUGUGUGUGUGCACAUGAAAAUCUUGUGGAUACCCAACCCUGUCACCGUUAACUGAGGAAAUCCUCAGUCAACGCUGUCACACAGAACUUGCAAUGAACAUUGAUUGUUACCGUUACUCAAGUGCUUUUUAAUUUUGUUUGUAGCUCUUCCUACAUGUGACUAUAAUAUAUUAUAAAUAGUGUA